AUGGCUGAUGAACUCGAAAAAGCAUUUUUAUAUUAUGAUGAUAUCAAUAAAAUCAGAAUUGUAGACAAUACCGUACUGAAAGAAACGGAAGACUUGAAAAAUAAUUGCAAAGAAUAUGAAACAAAAGUAGAAGAUUUCAGUAAACUUAUAACUUCAAUACUUGCAACUAUGAGUGAACUAGGAGAAAACGUAGAAAAACAGAAAAUGGCUGCCAUUGGAGCUAUAAACUUGCUUAAAUCUGUUACCAAAGAAAGGGAAAAUGAGCAAGCCAAAUUACAAGCAGAAAUUACAUACAAAACCUCGGAGUUGGAGCAACUCGACAACGAAUAUGAUGCACUACAAAUUCUAGAAGCGACGCAAAACGAAACAAUUGAAUAUCUCACUCAAUUGAGAUAA